AAUGAUAAAAAAUAAAAAAUCUGUGUCAGUCUGCUGUCAGUUCUGUUAUUAUUAUCUUCGCGGAGCCGUUUUUGUGCAUUAAUAUUGUAUAUUGUGUUGUUAAAUUGUUAUAGUACUUGCAGUCCAAGUAAUCUAUCUGCAAUGGAUACAGUGUAUGUGAAAACAGAGCCCUUAUGGGACGCACCGGCCGCUUGCUCGCCAUCCCCGCAUGGGCUUAUCUCUGCAGCUGAAUCACUGAAGACCAACACACCGCGCAUUAAGGAGGAGGUUAUUGAUCAACAGGAACUUUAUAUUGACAUGAAGGCGAAGGAUAGUCUCAUGAAGGAUGUCAAUGACCUACAGGUCAAAUACUUGAGAAACGAGGUUGUUGAUGUGAAGUUAGUCAUUGAUAUAGAACAAGAGGUUGGUAAGAUGAAGAAAGACGACAUGAAGAAAGAAGUCUCGCAUGAUGAACUUAUUGACACGACGAUGAUCACUGACAUGAAAGCAGAACCAACAAUCAAACCCAAAAUUCUAUCGACUCACAUGAAACAAGAGUUCAUCAACCCGUGUGAUGAAGAUAAUGUGAAACAAGAUGUUAUUAACCAACAUGAAGAUAUUAAAGAUGUCAAACAGGAAGUCAUUGAUUUACAAAAGAUUGACUUACAAGAGGAUAAAUAUGAUGCAAGCCUACAGAAAGCUGUGCGCAUGAAGAAAGACAUGGAGGAGCUGUAUUCGGGGCACGAGGUGCAGGAAGAGCUCGUGCUGGGUCCUUCAGGCGUGCAGACGCGCGCUCAAUCUACAGCUAAAGCGACUACAGAAGGCGCGCUGGUCGUCGCGAGCGCGAGUGGAGCCCCACGCGAGUGCCACAUCUGCAUGAGAGUGUGCAAGCAUCCGAGCGACUUAAAAAUACAUAUGCGAACACACACGAAAGAAAAACCUUUCUCAUGCAAAACAUGUAAAAAACAAUUCGCAAUACACGACACUUUAGUGAAACACGAACGCGUCCAUACCGGUGCCAAACCUUACUCCUGUAGCUCGUGUGUCAAACAGUUUGCACACAAAAGCGGAUUAAAGAUACAUGAACGAACACACACCGGGGAGAAACCAUACGCGUGCACAUUGUGUGACGAGAGUUUCACUAGUCUGGAUAAUUUGAAGAAUCACAAACUAAAACAUACCGGUGAAAAGCCCUAUUUCUGCAGCGUGUGCGAAAAGAGGUUCACUAAGCGAAGUACAUUAAACAGUCAUGAAAAAAUUCAUAAAGGAGAAAAACCACACUCAUGCAGUAUAUGUUAUAAAGAGUUUUCAAAACGUAGUAAUUUAAAAAUACACCAACGAAGUCACACAGGUGAGAAACCUUAUUCCUGCGAAUUUUGUGAAAAAAAGUUUGCACACCGCAGUCAUUUGAAGACACACGAGCGUAUCCAUACCGGGGAAAAGCCGUAUUCUUGUGGAGUUUGUAACGAGACGUUUACUCAGCGUACUACAUUGAAAAAUCAUGAACGGAUCCACACAGGGGAGAAGCCAUACUCUUGUGGAACGUGCGACAAGAAGUUUGCUCACAGCAGCCAUUUAAAGGUUCACGAGCGUAUUCACAGCGGGGAGAAACCUUAUUCCUGCGAAGUAUGUAAAGAUAGCUUUAUUGAUAAGAGCUCUUUAAAAAGUCAUUUACGGAUUCACACCGGUGAAAAACCUUACUCCUGCGGUAUAUGUAUGAAAGAGUUUUCACAGCUGAAUGCUUUAAAGGUUCACGCACGCACUCACACGGGUGAGAGACCAUUUUCAUGCGAGACGUGUAAGAAGACGUUCGCCCGCCGUUGCCUUUUGCUUUGCCACGAGCGUGUACACACCGGGGAAAAGCCAUAUACAUGUGAUAUAUGUAAAAGAAGCUUUUCGCAACGGAAUACAUUAAUAAAUCAUGAAAGGAUUCACACAGGCGAAAAACCAUUCUCAUGCGAGACGUGUGAGAAGAGGUUCACUAACCGUAGCGGUUUGGUGAGCCACAAGUGUGUAAACAUCGAUUAAAAACAUUGUUUCUGAAUUAUUGUAAUAAGGUACAUUUGAGUAAUAUAAAUAAAUAUGUUACUAAAAAUUACUUGUUCGUUUAUGGAUUACUUGUAAUUUGUGUUAUUACUAAAAUGUUGUUUGUUUCUCGUUUAAGUGAUUUAUAAUCUUAGUGAAAUAAAUAUAUUUGAACUGAAAUGUGUAAUACGCCUAAGGACAAUUUUUCGAAUGUUCCGUUGGUAGAGGACAAUCGCCCUCGAAUAGGGAAAUUGUUUUGGACAACGAUAAAUUUAACAUUCUAUGCCAGUGAAAGCAAACAGAUCGGAAGACAACUCACCGGGUCUCUGCACGACGAACAGCUUUGUCGGUACCGAAACUCUUGAUUGGCGAGCUGAUGCUGCAGUGGCUCCGGUGAGGGUUAGCACACAAAUCGACAGUUUUUACGUAUUUCUUAUUU